ACCGUUUUGUGAAUCCGGCGGCUUUCUGUAUCCUCUCUCCGCCUGCCCGGCCGCCCAUAUCGGAACCGUGGAACACGGCUGAGAAUCUCGCAGGUAACAGAGAUGUUGACGUCAUCGACGGUGGGCGCUUACGCCUUGUCCAGCUACCACUCCGGCGCCGAUCGUCUUGCUCGUAUGAGAGUUAAUUACAUGAACGGCGUAAUGAGGCCUUGCUGUGAAGGAAUUUCAUUGACAACUCGGCAAACUAGCUUUAGGAUUGAGCAUACAUUGCGUGCACGUCGUGGUUUCAAAUACAGAUCAUUUGCCCAAAGAGAUCAUCCAUAUUUUAGUGAUGAUAAUGAUGAUGGGCAGUUGAUGAAGUGGUUCAGGCCAUUUAAGACUCUAGUAUCAUUUCUUGCUGAACAGCCAAGCCAGCUCAAGUACAUAGAGUGGCCAAGCAUCCAAAGCACGCUGAAGACGGCUAGUCUGGCACUUGUUCUAGUCGCUCUGUUUAUCGUUGCAUUGUCAACUGUUGAUUCUGCUCUGUGUUUUAUAUUGGCUUUUCUUUCAAGAAGAGCAGCUUGACAAGUGCAUUUUCUUUCAGCAUUCCAACUUCAGAAGUACAUUUGUUUGAACUGUUUGUAGAUGUUGAGAAAUUUUAUAUUCUGAGUUAGUUGUUUCUUUUGUGAGUGUGUGAAAUUAACUGAUGAUUAGAUGGUGAAAUACACUCCUUGUGAGAUGUAAAAGCGUAGCCUGAGUAUUAGUUU